CACCCCCCUAGACCCAAACUCUCUGCAACUCCGAAAACAAAAACCUAACACAGGCAAAAUCAUGCGGUACUCUUAUCUUAGAACACUUCGCAGGUUCUCUGCAACUCUCUCUUCUUCUUCUGCUUCUCCUUCCCAUUCGCUAUGUCGUUAUAAUCAUACUCUUAUUCGCCCCCCUUCAUCUCCUUUAUUCUCUCUGCCUCGGUUUUCAAAUUCAAUUAGAUCCAUUACUCCCAUUUUUUCAAAUUCUUAUUGUACUUCUACAACUCAAAACUUCAUUAAUUCCAAAAUCAAUCAAAACCCAAUACUUUCUGAAACUAAGAUUAAUGAUGAUGAUGGUGAUACUGGAUUGAUACAUCCAAGACAAACAGAUGCAUAUGAAGCAGUUAACCUUGCUCUUGAUUCUGUUGUUAAAAUAUUUACUGUUGCAAGUAGUCCUAAUUAUUUCUUACCAUGGCAGAACAAAUCUCAGAGAGAAACUAUGGGUUCUGGAUUUGUCAUUGAGGGGCGAAGAAUUAUAACCAAUGCUCAUGUAGUUGCUGAUAAUACAUUUGUUCUUGUGAGAAGGCAUGGUUCUCCAAACAAAUAUAGAGCAGAAGUUCGGGCCAUUGGACAUGAAUGUGAUUUGGCUAUUCUCACUGUUGAAAGUGAAGAGUUUUGGGAGAGUAUGAACUUCUUGGAGCUUGGUGACAUUCCGUUCUUGCAGGAAGCUGUUGCAGUUGUUGGAUACCCUCAAGGAGGAGACAACAUAUCUGUUACUAAAGGUGUUGUUUCUAGAGUUGAGCCAACACAAUAUGUCCAUGGUGCGACACAGCUCAUGGCUAUACAGAUUGAUGCAGCUAUUAAUCCUGGAAACAGUGGAGGCCCUGCAAUCAUGGGAGACAAGGUUGCUGGAGUGGCUUUUCAAAAUCUUUCAGGUGCGGAGAAUAUUGGGUAUAUAAUUCCAGUUCCCGUGAUAAAGCAUUUUAUAGCUGGGGUGGAGGAAUAUGGAAAAUAUGCUGGAUUCUGUUCCCUGGGCUUGUCUUGCCAGCCUACUGAAAAUGCACAAUUAAGAGAGCACUUCCGAAUGCUCCCAGAAAUGACAGGAGUUCUUGUGAGCAAAAUUAAUCCUCUUUCAGAUGCCUAUAAGAUGCUUAAGAAAGAUGACAUUGUCUUAGCUUUUGAUAGUGUGCCUAUAGCCAAUGAUGGAACUGUUGCAUUCCGAAAUAGAGAGCGGAUAACAUUUGAUCAUUUAGUCUCCAUGAAGAAACCAAAUGAAACAGCGAUAGUUAGAGUAUUAAGAGAUGGUGUAGAGCAAGAUAUUAGUGUCACCCUUCGACCUUUACAACCAUUGGUCCCCGUGCAUCAGUUCGAUAAGUUGCCUAGUUACGUCAUCUUUGCUGGUCUGGUGUUUAUUCCACUAACCCAGCCAUACCUACAUGAGUACGGAGAAGACUGGUACAAUACUUCACCUCGUCGUUUGUGUGAACAUGCAUUGCGUGAACUGCCUAAUAAAGCCGGAGAACAACUUGUCAUUCUUGCUCAGGUGCUCAUGGAUGAUAUCAAUGCUGGGUAUGAGCGUUUGGCAGAAUUACAGGUGAAGAAAGUUAACGGAGUUGAGGUUGAAAAUCUUAAACAUUUAUGCCGCUUAGUAGAAGAAUGCAAAGAAGAGAGCUUGAGAUUUGAUCUGGACGAUGAGAGAGUAGUGGUAUUGAACUAUGAGUCGGCGAAAGUGGCCACUUCACGAAUAUUAAAGCGUCAUAGAAUACCUUCUGCAAUGUCUACUGAUCUCAUUGAUGAACAGUGUCGAAGGAGUUGCCAAGCGAGAUGGAUUACGAUUGUUGCGUGGAAAUCAUUACGACCGGUUUUUAUUGUUGGUGUAAGACCAUAGAGAUCAUUGAAGAUCCUAAGGUUCCUGCUCUGGCUCAUCUUCAUUCAUGGGCAGAAGAUUUUUGGGUCUAUUGUGACGAUCUUAUUCAAGAGUACAGUAAUUAAGAAGAUGGUAGAAGCUGAUCCUAAAACUAGAAAUGAUGAUUUUUCCAUUAAGAUUGGAACUGGAAUCAUCCUUGAAAAUGAAAACCAAGUUUAAUGCUAAUGCUUAUUACUCUCUUUCUUACUCUGUUGAGUUUUAUUAUGAUAAAGUUACUUGAGGAA